AUGGCCGGCUUCGGCGGUGGCCACGGCGGCCAGGCCUUCGGCGGUGGGGCUGCAGAGGCGCGCCUCGGCCCCGCGGAGGCGGCGCAGGCGCAGAAGGAGGACGCGGUGCGGGAGAUGCUGGACGCCGGGGGGGACGUGGAGGCCCCAGACGUGGACGGCAACACCGCGCUGCACUGGGCGGCGUGGUUCCGCUGCGACAGCCUCCUGAUGCUCCUCCUGGAGCGCGGGGCCCGGGUGGACGCGAGGAACUCACAGGGGGAGACGCCGGUGCACUGGGCAGCCAAGUCCUCGAAUAUCAACGGCAUCCAGGCGAUGACAAAGGGAGGUCACGGCAUGCUGUCGCUGAGGGACUGUGACGGGUUCACGCCCUUCGUGAUCUUGGCGCAGAACGACAAUGCGCCCGUCAUGGAGUGGAUGUACCUCAGAGGUGUCAGCAUCGAGGAGCAGGAUAACUGGGGCCGCACUGGGCUACACUGGGCAUGCUACAAAGGCCACCGCAAGACAGUGCAGUGGCUGCUUUCGCGGUCUGCCAACAUCGCCCACCGAGACCACGAAGGAAUGACUGCCAUCCACUGGGCAGCGCUGCAGGGCCAUGAGCAAGUAGCAGAGAUGCUCAUCGCCAUCGGUGCAGUACAUCUGCUCCACAUGCCUGACUUGGCAGGCGAUACCCCGAUCGACCUGGCGCAAAGGAAGAAGAAUCGUUAUCUCGUCAUCAGCUUCCAUAAAUGUCAACUAUUCCAGUACUUGAUCGGCCGGCCGUUCCUCUACCAGAAUAACUUCGCCAGCCUCUUCGUUGCAUUCGUGCUGUUCAACAUCGCGAUUUUCGUUUUCAUCAUCGCGCCUGGCAUCUGGGGCAGCAACCUCAACGCGGUGCUCGCGUGGAACUUGCUGAUGGGCGGGUCCCUGUUCCUCUGGUACCUUGCCUGCCGUGGGGAUCCUGGCUGGCUUGCGCCCAAGACGGUCCUCCCGCAGACGAGCUGCGGUCUGUAUGCGUUCGAUGCGGACCAGCCCGUCGAGUCGCAGAUGGCCCAGGUCGACGACAGGGAGCGGGACGAGGUGGACGACGUUCUGCGCCUCGAGCUCGAGCAGAGCAAGUACAACUACCAGCGGCAGCUGCUUACUGCGGCCAGGCGGCGUCUGGAGGGGGCCCACGCGGAGCUGCAGCCGCUCAUCGCCGGCGGCAGCCCGCCCCGCGGCGGCGUACCCGACACGGCGCUGGCGGCGCAGCAGCUGGACAACGCGUCCUUCGAGCUGCGGCGGCGCUCGCAGCAGACGGGGGAGAGCCUCGGCCGCGAGCGAACGGCGGCGCUUCUGUCCGAUGGCAGGGGGGAGUACCUGGAGCUGCUCGGCCAGGGCAACUUCAAGCAGGUGUGUGUGGUGUGCCGCUCGCGCCGGGAGCUCCGCUCCCACCACUGCAAGGAGUGCGGGCGCUGCGUGCGCCGGCUCGACCACCACUGCCCCUGGAUCGACAACUGCGUCGGGAUCGGCAACCAGAGGACGUUCUACUGCUUCAUAGUGGUGCUGUUCGCCACGAUCCUAGGCUACUACUACUGCGCCGCACUGUAUGUGGUCGACGCCAUAGUCCCGGCGUGGACCAGCGGGCGGGCGGUCAGAACGCUCGUGACGGUCUCCGAGUGGUCCUGGGGGCCAGAGCUGCGGCCACUCAUGGUGCUCCUCGGAGGCGCCUUCAACUCCGUGUGGCUCGCCUUCGUCGGUGCCCUCGUCGCCAGGCACACGGCCUACAUGGCGGUCAACGUCACGACGUUCGAGGUGCUGACGAGGCCGGCGCACGUGCAGAGGCGCUUCCCGCGCCAGCAGGGGCGCUUCUGGUUCCUCAAGAGCUGUGACUUGCAGAGGAGCCUCCGGAGCAUCCUCGGCUACUGGACGCUGGACAUGAGCCAGGACGCUGCCGACUUCGAGCCGGCGGGCCCCGGCGAGCCCGAGAAGGGCACCGGCCGCGGGCGGCGGCGCAGCGGCCACCCGGGCGACAGCCCCAGCAGCGCCACCGCGGGCGACCACGGGGACGAGGAGGGCGGCGUCACCGGCCGGGGCUGCGACCCGGACCGGCUCGAGUCCCUGCUGGCCUGCGAGAAGAGAGACGUGUUGUCUGCGGCGAGCGGCGCCGGGGCGGGCGGCAUGCACACCGGGCCGGGCCUGGGCAGCACCUGGCCACCACGGUCGCCCCAGCCGCAGCACGACGCCUCCAGCCCAGCGAAAGCCUUGUGGUCGCAGCAGGGCUGA